AGGUCGGUGUCGCUAUUAUUUAAUGUAAGCCUAAACUGUAUGUAUGUUUUGCCUACCAUUUUGAAAAUUUGCACCGCAUUCAGUAAGGACGACAAUUAAAGGGCUGUCAGACCAGAAUUAAUACUCUGAACCCGACUGAAGACAUGAGCGCGACAGCUCGCAGCUGAGGGUGGGCGUGCCGCUGGAAGUGCCUUCAUACGCCUAUUUGCAGCUGGUCACUUUGUCCCGCAUCCAGCAUCCAUCUGCAGCUUGGAAACAUGCGCGAUCCCCCUUCUUUACCGCUGCAGACAUAGGGACCCCAAAAUGCGCGCCUUUAUUCUCUUCGUUUGUUUUGGUCCCUUAGUCUGGGGCCAACAACGUGACUCUGGUGAUGGAAAUGACGUUACCUCCCGCAGACGGCUGGAUUUUGCUCCAGGAAAAGAGCCGACGCAGAUGAAAUUGUCUCUGGCUAAGGAAAAAAAGCCCCUGAUUCAGGAGCUGUCGGUGAAGACCACCAUCAUCUCGCGCUACGCUUUCACAGCGGUCUCCUGCACUAUGGUCAAUAUAUACUCCGCCGCAAUUAAGGGCGUCUUCCAGAUUGAAUUCCCUGCGUCCGCCUUCGUCUCUAACUUUACAAGGAUCAUUGCAGGUCGAGUCUAUCCCAGUCAGAUCAAGGAGAAGAAGGCUAAGGGGGGCAAAGAGAGGGACAGCCAGCCGCCGAAAGAGGAACAGAGUGGAGCAGGCCAGGGUGAGGUGGAGACUUUCCAAGCGUCGGCCCUGAUUCCUGGGAAGAACAGAGCAGUAUUCUUGCUCACCUAUGAGGAGCUGCUGGUGAGGAGGCGGGGCCUGUAUGAGCAUGUGACCAGCAUACGCCCCCUGCAGGUGGUCAAUAAGUUGUCAGUCCAGGUCACUAUAGUAGAGCAGUCUAAGAUCACACACCUGGAGGUGUUGCCAUUGCGUAAAAGGACUCCCACCAAUGACCACUCAGCUGGCACCCAAGGUAAAACUGCACCCCCAGCCUCUACGGUCAUCCAGCAGAAUACCAGCUUCUGCAAAAUAUCCUUCAAUCCCAGUAUUAUCCAGCAGCACCAGAUAGCCAGCAGUGGCAUCCUGGGAGAUUUUGUUGUACAGUAUGACGUUGAGAGAGAGCUGCCGAUUGGUGACGUCCAGGUCUUAGACGGACAUUUUGUGCAUUAUUUUGCACCAAAGAAUUUGCCCGUAGUCCCAAAGAAUGUGGUGUUUGUGAUAGACACCAGUGCUUCCAUGGUGGGCACCAAAAUCAGACAGACAAAGGAAGCCCUCUUUACCAUCCUGAGGGACCUUCGGCCCAAUGACCACUUCAACUUCGUGAGCUUCUCCAACCGCAUAAAGGUGUGGAAGCCUGAUCAGCUGGUGCCAGUUACGCCGGACAAUAUCCGAGAUGCCAAGAAGUUUAUCUACCUGGCCUCUCCAAGUGGAGGUACCGACAUCAACCGCGCGCUGGAGACGGGCUCCACGUUGCUGAGCAGCUAUCUCUCCAGCCAGGACCGGAACCGCAACAGCGUAUCGCUGCUCAUCUUCCUCACGGAUGGGAGGCCCACUGUGGGCGAGGUCAAGCCUCCCCGGAUCCUCAGUAAUGCCCGGUCCUCAGUGCGCGGCGGAUUCUGCGUCUUCACCAUCGGCCUGGGUGAUGACGUCGAUUACCGGCUGCUGGAGCGCCUCUCGCUGGAAAACUGCGGCACCAUGCGGCGUAUCCCUGAGCAGGCGGACGCCAGCGGCAUGCUGAAGGGAUUUUACGACGAGAUCGGCACACCGCUCCUGUCGGAUGUGCGUGUCGCGUACGACGAGGACGCCGUGGAGUACGUUACCCAACAGACCUUCAGCAACUACUUCAAUGGCUCCGAGAUCGUCAUCGCCGGCAAGCUGACCAAUCAGAGCGCCGAGUCUCUGCAUGUGCAGGUCCUGGCGAAUAGCAGUGAAGGGGGCGUGGUGCUGGAGACAGACGUGCCGCUGCAGGAGCGCGAGAGGAAACUGCAGCAGCAUAUAGUGGAGGCGGGUCUCGACUCGAAGGCAGAGAACUAUGCAGAGCGGGCAUUUGGCUUCCUCAGUGUUAAGGAGAGCCUGAAGUCACGCCUGCUCAGUCAGACAAGUCAGGACAGGGUGGAGGCCACCAAGAAAGCCACAAACCUGUCACUGGCCUACAACUUCCUGACCCCGCUGACGAGUAUCACCUCAGAGACACCCAACACCCUGGUCCAGGAGGUCAUACCUGACAGCGCCAUCGAACUGUCAGCACAUACCAGUGAGGAAAUUACCCAGAGUACUCAGGGGGGCGCUGAGCUGUCAGCCUUGAAGAAACCUGAGGAGGAGCUGGUCAAAAUUUCCAAGACUUCAGCGGACGGUGACCCCCACUUUAUGGUGGACUUUCCUCUCAACAAGCUGACCAUGUGUUUCAACAUCAAUGGAGAGCCAGGGCAGGUGCUUCGACUGGUGUCUGACUCCAAACACUCUGGAGUAACCGUCAAUGGAAAACUGAUUGGGGCUCCAGCACCAACUGGGGCCCACAAAAAGAAGCGAACCUACUUCAGCACCAUUACUGUGAUGGUGGACCGACCCAGAAGGUCCUAUGUGGAAGUCACACCAUACCAAGUUAUCGUCGAUGGCACAGACCACUUUAUACUGCCUGUCAAUACCACUGUCUCCGUGGAGAAGGAUGAACUGGUAGUGGCUAUCGUAGAACAGUCAAACGUCACCAUCACCGUGCAGGGGAACAUCGGGUUCCUCGUCGUCAUUCAUCAGUUCCGGAACCCAGCACCGUUUCAGCGUGACCACUUAGGUUUCUACAUGACAAACAGCAAAGGAUUGUCAGAGAAUUCCCAUGGGCUACUGGGCCAGUUUCUGUAUCAGGAAGUGGGCCUUGUGCAGAUGCCCAUGGCUACUACAGCACCCAUGCAGCCGGAUGCUUUCAGCAGAAAACGUGAGGUCCCAGAAAAGAUGACAGCAAACGAUACUCAGCCAGACAUCCCGACCAAGAUGCCUCCAGAAUUAACGAAGACCACGCAGCUGACAGAUACUGCGGAGCUGAAAACCCAGAUCCAAACCACACACCCAACACUGGACUCACAAUCCAAGGUGCUAACAAGUAAAAAUUCAUCUGAAGAGAACAUGUUGACAAAGACCUUGCCCUCUCAGCAUCCACUCAAAAUGGAACACCUAGAAUUUCUGGAAAAGACAUCAAAGCUUGAUACAAAGAUCUUGCAGGACAAGACCCCAGCCAAAACUGCACAGUUAGAGGUCCUUACAAAUAGUGUGCGUUAUAGACGCUCCACAGGGUACAUGUCAUCUAUGGUUGCAAUAGAACCCAUACAGCUAAAAGUCUCUACAAACACCACACAAAGUAAGGGCCCUCCAAACACAAACACCACACAAAGUAAGGGCCCUCCAAACACAAACACCACACAAAGUAAGGGCCCUCCAAACACAAACACCACACAAAGUAAGGGCCCUCCAAACACAAACACCACACAAAGUAAGGGCCCUCCAAACACAAACACCACACAAAGUAAAGGCCCUCCAAACACAGUCACCACACAAAGUAAGGGCCCUCCAAACACAGUCACCACACAAAGUAAGGGCCCUCCAAACACAGUCACCAUGCAAAGUAAGGGCCCUCCAAACACGAUGACCACACAAAGUAAGGGCCCUCCAAACACAAACACCACACAAAGUAAGGGCUCUCCAAACACAAACACCACACAAAGUAAGGGCCCUCCAAGCACAAACACCACACAAAGUAAGUCCCCUCUUAACACAAACACCACACAAAGUAAGGGCCCUCCAAACACAAACACCACACAAAGUAAGGGCCCUCCAAACACAGUCACCACACAAAGUAAGGGCCCUCCAACCACAAACACCACACAAAGUAACAGCCCUCCAAGCACAAACACCACACAAAGUAAGUCCCCUCUUAACACAAACACCACACAAAGUAACGGCCCUCCAAGCACAAACACCACACAAAGUAAGUCCCCUCUUAACACAAACACCACACAAAGUAAGGGCCCUCCAAACAUAAACACAACACAAAGUAAUGGCCCUCCAAACACAAACACCACACAAAGUAAGGGCCCUUCAAACACAAACACCACACAAAGUAAGGGCCCUCCAAACACAAACACCACACAAAGUAAGGGCCCUCCAAACACAGUCACCACAAAAAGUAAGGGCCCUCCAAACACCACACAAAGUAAGGGUCCUCCAACCAGAAACACCACACAAAGUAAUGGCCCUCCAAACACAAACACCACACAAAGUAAGGGCCCUCCAACCAGAAACACCACACAAAGUAAGGGCGCUCCAAACACAGUCACCACAAAAAGUAAGGGCCCUCCAAACACCACACAAAGUAAUGGCCCUCCAAACACAAACAUCACACAAAGUAAGGGCCCUCCAAACACAGUCACCACAAAAAGUAAGGGCCCUCCAAACACCACACAAAGUAAGGGCCCUCCAAACACAGUCACCACAAAAAGUAAGGGCCCUCCAAACACCACACAAAGUAAUGGCCCUCCAAACACAAACACCACACAAAGUAAGAACCCUCCAAACACCAUACAAAGUAAGGGCCCUCCAAACACCACACAAAGUAAGGGCCCUCCAACCAGAAACACCACACAAAGUAAGGGCCCUCCAAACACAGUCACCACACAAAGUAAAGGCCCUCCAAACACAAACACCACACAAAGUAAGGGCCCUCCAAACACCACACAAAGUAAGGGCCCUCCAAACACAGUCACCACACAAAGUAAGGGCCCUCCAAACACAAACACCACACAAAGUAAGGGCCCUCCAAACACCACACAAAGUAAGGGCCCUCCAAACACAAACACCACACAAAGUAAGGGCCCUCCAAACACAAACACCACACAAAGUAAGGGCCCUCCAAACACAAACACCACACAAUGUAAGGGUCCUCCAAACACCAUGACCACACAAAGUAAAGACCUUAGCAACAAGACAGACUCCAUAAGCAGAUUUUCCUCGGCUCUCUCUAGAAAUGCUACAUUGUCCCCUGAUGAAUACAUUCUCUCGUCAGAUGGUACCUUCACUGCCCUGCACAUCAAAGGCCACAUACUUGCCGUGACUAAGAAAACCAGGAGGAUUUACAGCAGCAUGCAGAUUGUUGACUGCUGGUUCAUUAAGAACAGCGCCACCAAACUGAUUGAUGGCCAGUAUGGGGACUAUGUGGUGUCAGACCUCUAUGACACGAGUCCUGGUCCCCAUGGAAACAACUGACAUGGACGUUCCUACUCCACAAUUCACACAUACCAUGCAUUUCCUCAUUCUCACACCAGCUGCACCUACAUUUUUCAGAAACCAUAUGUCAAAUGUGGUCUUUUAUGAGAUAUGAUUUUAAAGCCAUAGAACCUUGUUUUACCAGGUUUAGAUAAUACAGUAAUUGUUCAGAAGUGUUUUAUUUAUGAAAACCUUGCACAAGUGUGUAUAUGUACAAAAGAUUAUGCAGAGAUUAUGCAAUAAUUUAUGGGUCUGUCACCCUCUAUUCUGACUGAAUUUCAGCAUACAUUCAGGAGAUCAACACCAGUGUGGCAUCUACAAUUUCAUACAUUUUGUACUGAAUACAAACAUCCGAGUUGUGAUUUAUAUUUAUCUUUUGCGUUGGUAGUUCAGCUGUGGCAGAAUUUAUAGUCUGUAGAUGUUCAUUUGCAGGUCUGAAUAAUAAUUACUACACAAACUGACAAUCGUUUAAAAAUAUAUGUAACUCAUUUAAGUGGACAUGUCGUAGUCUAAGUGCACUUCUGAGGGAACUUCUGCUGGGACAGGCUGGGUGAUGGCAGAACUGCCAGAUUUUCUGAGGCAUGUCCUUGUAGUCAAAAUGUCUUUUGUCUAUAAUAAUGUUAAUGGCAAUAUUCUGUGCGAUUUCAGUAUCAGCUCACUGUACUCUGGGAAAGGAGUUCUUAUGAAUCCUUACAUCAUUUUAAAAGGUUUACAAUAGUAUUGCACUUCUUCAUAUAUCUCUGGUUGCUUAUGAUUAAAGACAUCUUGUUCAGGAUUUUACACCAUCCAACAAGAGAAGAGCAUGUCUGUAUUACGUAUUUACUGCAGCUGUAGUUACUGAAAGCUGCAAUGUAUUAUAAUCUGUGAAGGGCAUGACACUUUAUUUACACUAAAGUAGUUCAAUGUUUAUAAGUACAACUGUCCCACGUGAUCCACAAAUGCUAUGAGUCAAGGCUAAAUGCAGACCUACAGUUCAGCGCACAAACUAAACAAAAUCAAACAUUUCACAGAAAGCUGAUGUUUUAGUAACAGUUCAGUUAUUGAAUGAUAUGGACGACACAGACCUUUAAUAAACUCUAAGAAUGUACUGAAAUAA